AUGACGUCAAACUGAAAGUUCCUUGUCACGCAAUUUAUUUCUUUGGUGCUGAAAGAAUGGAGGAACAAACGUUUGAUAGCUCAAAACUUCACGAUUUCCUGAUAAAAAAUCUGUCCGAUUUUCCUCAAGGCGAUGGUGAGCUAAAGAUUUUCAAAUUCAGGACUGGAACGUCGAAUCCAACCUUUCUGCUUCAAAAAAAUGGUAAAGAUUUCGUCUUGAGGCAUAAGGCACCAUAUCAGAUGUAUGCGGGAUUUCACAAGGUCGACGUGGAGGAUAAAAUCAUGUCUGCUCUUGGAGAGGCCUCUUUUCCGGUACCGAAAAUGUACCUCUUUUGUGAAGACAAGACAAUCGUGGGCUAAGAAUUUUACGUCAUGGAGUACAUCAAGGGUCGUCAGUUUCCGGAUGCCAAUUUACCCGGCGUUCCUGCAGACCAAACAAAGGCCAUCUUUGAAGCAGCGAUUCGAACCUUGGCGCUGCUUCAGUCUUUAGACACGGAUAAGCUUAAUUUAGAAGGAAUCGGUGACAAAGAAGACGUAUUAAAACAGAGGAUGGAUAUGCUAUUUGAAGCUUACAAACAAACAGAAAGGAAAUCCAUUCCUAAAGCUCAUCAAUUAAUGGAGUGGCUGAGAAACCACAAACCCAACGAUGACAAGAAACCUGUCAUUCAUCACGAAGACUUCAGAAUUUCAAAUAUACUUUGGCACCCAGAAGAGGCUCAAGCCCUAGCCGUGAUAGACUGGGAAGGAGCAUGCUGGGGGCAUCCAUUUGAGGACCUGGCAUUUUUCUGUUUUCCGUUCCAUUUUCCGGCUGCGUUGGAAUUUACGCCUGUUCUAAAGAUUGGUAAACUAGUUGCGAUAAGAUCUAAAGAAAAUUAUGCGAUAGGAAUUAUUCUUGUAUUCAAUUUCAUACUGUCAAGGAGCCGUUUCCGGCCACUUUUUUGCCUUCGAUAUCAGGUGACGCGUAGUGCCGGGUGGCAAUAUCAACAAGUGUACUUUGUUAGAAGUAAACCACAAGGGAAUGAGUUAACUGAGUCUGUUGUCGAUUUGUUUUCUUUAAAGGACAACAUAGUAUACAAGAUAUGACCGACUUCAUGGACUUCUAUGACCAGUAUCGUUUAAAUAGUUAUUCCUUGGUUAGGAACAGAUGACUGUUAUUUGCAGAAUUGAAUCAUACAAUUUUUCUAUUAUAAGAUCCUAGUUCGGAAAAUCAUAGUUUGGAAAUUCUGUCGACGAGAAAUUCGGCAAUUAAAUGACUAAAUAUUUUCAUAGGUUUAAACUGCUAUGAACUAAUAUUCUCUUGCCAGCGCCUAAGAACACAUGACUUUUUUUAUCAAUUACACGCAAAU